CGACAAACUUCCCCUCGGUGACUCUACAAAAAGACAGUAUACUGCACCAUGAGUGUCCCCAAAGCGCCUCCCGGGCACUUCACGCUCCUAUACUUCGCCGCCUCGACGUCCUACACACAGAGGGAGCAUGAUUUCCUGCCUGCUCCCAUGCUGUUAAGUCAGCUUUAUGAUAGGCUUGACGAGCACUACCCGGGCAUCAGGGAAAAGGUGCUGUCGACUAGUGCGUUGACUGUGAACUUGGACUAUGUGGAUGUAGAAGAAGAAGCCGCGAAAGGUGAUGAAGGGCUUGCCCUUCAAGCUGGCGAUGAAGUAGCUAUCAUACCACCCGUCAGCGCUGGUUGAAACGGCUAUGUUGAUCAUGGGACAUCACCACUUCACCCCACGCCCACCACGGCGCCUCUUGCGUGUCCACUGGGUGCGUAUGCAUUAUUAGCACCAGUUUGGACUGUAACAAGUACACUAUUGCCGCCUUGCCAAUGGCGCCAAGUACAGCAUCACUCAUCGGCACAUUAGUCGUAGCCGCAGCCAUCAUCCGUGCUGGGCGCCGCGCUCAAAGCAAGUGGAGACUCCAUACUCCAGGACAUAUGUCCUGAUCAGGAAGCUGCGGUUUCCGCUUGGUUCGGCUGCCGGUCGAAGGCGUCCCAAGUUCGGAACAAAAAAAAACCAGCUUCACGGUCCAUCGGCUCAAACGCAUGUCAGGCAGCCAGUCAGUCGAGCCUUUUGAUAAGCAGGGGUCCAGCAUCGCGAACUUCUCGAUGCAAUUGGGCCAAGCACAAGGCAAUGUUUCUUCAUAUGGCAAGCGUUAUGUAGAUUGCUGGAUUUGUCCCGAGAUAACAGCAUGACCGAAUCUCGAAGGCUGUUCGAGAACUACAUCUAUUUUGCGGAUCUUGCAAGCCUGUCUGCAAAUCUAUUCACUUCUAUCCAGUCCUUCCGACACUGUUCCACUUCCGCUCCUGCUGAUACUGUUAUCAUCUCACAAGUGGCUCCCGAGCUCGCUUGCUCUCCAAUCUCGCACACAAGCCACGUCCCUACUGUCUUUUCCCCCUUCCGGAAUGUGAGUGCAUUCAGAAGACUUCCACUCCGAGAAAAACCCUCCUGAUACACCGGCCCAAUAUCCUUGAAGACUGCCUCGCUGAUGUCUUCACCACGAAGCCUAGAGUGAUUGCUUCCGACUUCACUCUCAAACAAUGGCUCUCGACAGCUAUGUUGCUUCUCUCUUCGUCAGAACUACCUAUACCUUAUCAUGAUAUGAUUCCCGCCUCCAUGGGUCCAAUAUCACUCACCUCACUCACCUCACUCCUUCCUUCUUCAUCAUUACACUACACUACUUUGCCAAUAUCAUCCAAAACAUCACCACAAAGACCAUGCAAACAAUCACGCCUAGUAACAACACCACCCAGUACCGUUUUUCCCUCUUUGGCAGCCAGAUCUCAAUCUGUGUUUCUGUCCUGGCAGGCGGAGGCAAGAAAUCUCGAAAUGAUCUUGUUGUUGUUGCUGAAGUCGACUGUUGUAGGGUGCCGUAUUCUUCUGGUUGUGAACGGGGCAUGGCUUUCCACCUUUUCUUUUUU